UCGUUUAAAUAUAGAAAAAACCGUUUACUCCGUUGCGUAAUAUAUUUGUUAUACACAUCGACGACGAUAUUUAACGUUGAAGUGAUAAUCGUGUGUAAUUAUUAUUAUACCUGCAGUUCACUGUACAAAGUAUAAGUGUAUUCGAGCAGCUGUAUAAUAAUAUAAUAGUAUAAUAAAAGUGCAAAAAGGAUAUUUGCCUGCUGUAAGUAAGGUGCGGGGUAUUUCGGUGCUUUGAUCGGUGUUUAUCUCUAAAAACACAUUUCGACGUGAAGGCAUAAAUAUAGUGAUAAAAAAAAAAAACGUCAUAGAAAAUACGAUACUUUGUUACGCAAUCAGGAUGCCGCGGAAGAAUGAUGAGACUUCCGGCACAGAGGGUGCCGGGUAUCUGAAACGGGCCAACACUGAGAGGCUACAUGAAAUUUUCGAUCAGUAUGCGACGCAGGAAAAAAAUGGAGAGAGAUUUAUGACCCCAACAGAUUUCGUACGGAGUUAUCUUGGCUUUUAUACAGAUGCAGAGUUUAAUCCUGAGUCUGUUAAGCUGCUUGCCGGCAUCGUCGACACCAGCAAAGAUGGGCUCAUCUCAUUCGCCGAAUUCCAGGCAUUUGAGGGGCUACUUUGCGUCCCCGAUGCUCUCUACAGAACAGCUUUUCAAUUGUUUGAUACUAAUGGAAACGGAAUGGUUGCGUUUGACGAGUUCGCUGAGGUGAUGAAAAAAACGGUUCUUCAUCAGAAGAUGCCGUUUAACAUGGACAGUGGAUUCAUAAAGCUCUAUUUUGGCAAUGAUAAAAAACGAUUAAUCAAUUAUGUCGAAUUCAGCCAAUUUCUUCACGAUUUUCACGAGGAAUAUGCGAUGGAAGCUUUCAGAAAGUUUGACACCGGAGGUGCCGGAUUUAUCACUGCCUUAGACUUUCAAGACAUUAUGAUUAGCAUAAAAAGUCACUUACUGACUAACAAAAUCAAAGAUAAUCUUGUUGCGGCUGCUGGGGCUGGGCAGGGGGGCAGAAAAGUCAGUUUUCCCUACUUCAUGGCGUUUAAUUCGUUGCUGAAUAACAUGGAGCUCAUAAAACGUAUAUAUUUGAACGCCACAAACGGUCACAGAAACCAGGAAGUCACUAAAGAGGAGUUCCUUCACUCUGCUCAAAUGAUGUCACAAAUCACACCCCUCGAAGUAGACAUUCUCUUCCAACUGUGCGAUCUUCUUCAUCAAACUGGUUCUGCAACUGAAGAUUCAGAGGCAAGGCCGUGGUUUGGGAGGAUAGUCUACAACGAUCUUAUUGAUAUCACGCCGGAACAGUAUUUCAAGCAUAUUUCAAAACGUCUUGCGGAAGUCAAAGCAGUUUCGAGCCCUGAUGAGCGAGGUGUUGUUACCCAAAUUCUAGAGAGUGGAUAUAGAUUUAUACUCGGUUCCAUUGGUGGAGCCGUUGGUGCGACAGCAGUUUAUCCAGUUGACUUGGUAAAAACACGUAUGCAGAAUCAAAGAACAGGCUCGUUCAUCGGUGAAUUAAUGUAUCGGAACAGCAUUGAUUGUUUUAAAAAGGUGAUUCGUCACGAAGGUGUUUUUGGACUGUAUCGUGGUUUGGCUCCGCAACUAAUGGGAGUAGCCCCAGAAAAAGCUAUAAAACUGACGGUGAACGACUUUGUAAGGGACAAGUGCAUGGACAAGAAUGGAAACAUUCCGCUGUUGGGAGAAAUCUUGUCCGGAGCAUGUGCUGGAGGAUCUCAAGUUAUAUUUACAAAUCCUUUGGAGAUCGUUAAGAUCCGACUUCAAGUUGCCGGUGAAAUAGCGGGAGGAUCGAAAGUACGUGCGCUUUCGGUCGUAAAGGAAUUAGGACUGUUUGGUCUGUACAAGGGUGCUCGGGCUUGUCUCUUGCGUGAUGUGCCAUUCAGUGCCAUUUACUUUCCCACUUACGCUCAUCUCAAAGCGAAAAUGGCCGAUGAAGGCGGAUACAACACACCGGUAUCUCUUCUAGUCUCAGGAGCUAUCGCUGGUAUCCCAGCCGCUGCAUUAGUCACACCAGCGGAUGUGAUCAAGACAAGAUUACAGGUCGUAGCAAGGCAAGGCCAAACAACUUACACUGGUGUAAUGGAUUGUGCUCGUAAAAUAUACCGAGAAGAAGGUGCAAGAGCUUUAUGGAAAGGUGCCACAGCUCGAGUACUAAGGUCAUCACCACAAUUCGGUGUCACUCUCUUCACUUAUGAGUUACUGCAGAGGCUGUUCGUCGUUGACUUUGGAGGAUCACGGCCGACCGGUUCGGAGCAGAAGGUUCCUACGACAGGUGUCGCGAAUGAAAUACGAUCAACUAACCCCGACCAUAUUGGAGGGUACCAAGUCGCCCUACCCAUCUUUACUGGUAUUGAAACGAAAUUUGGCCUUUGCUUACCCAGGUAUCAAGCGGUUGCAGCGAAAACGCCGAGUCUUUCACAGUAAUACUAGUGCUCGAAGGCUUAUAGAAGCUAGGUAGUUAUACAAAAGAUUGUUGAUACGUUUCUAUUCAUGUAUAUAUACGAAUCUAUGCAGAUAUUUAUACAUAUGUGUGCAUAUGUAAAAAUGUCAAUCGCAGAUAUAGAUAAAUCAUAGUAAUAUUGAAUUGAAUAUUUCAAUUUAACGUAAUUUUAAAACGAAAGAAAACUAAAGCACCGAGUGUUCGGUUUUCAUAAUAUCAAGCUACUUGCAUAUUAGAGAAAAUCAAACAUCUACUUGAUCUUUCAAGGCCUUGCAAAUAAAUAUUUCUGAUACAUGUUGCACUGCAUAAUAUUUUAUAAAUUGUUAUUCGACUGGCAUAAAUAUCAAUCUCACUACAAGUCUAGCAGACUGCUGGGACAUUCGUUUUCAAACCGAAAAAAUUAUAAGAUAUCUAUCUACUCCUAAACUUUGUUACACAUUGCAAUGAUUGUACCUGUUAUCAUAAGAAAGCUCAGGAAUAUAUUGAUAGAAUUAUAUGAA